AUGUCUGAAGUUGGAUUGGAUGACGAACAACACAACCCUAUUAGAUAUAACCUUGGGAUUCCACAUGAGCAGAGCAAGAUAGUAACUCCUAACCAGACACCUCACCAGCUACAAUGGCAACCACCAAACAUUGAGCAAGUUGUAAACAAUGACCUUUCUCAGCAUCCAACUUCAAUGAAUGUUGUAUCACUUACUCCGAGCAUGACAGUUGAAGAGACACAAACACAGCCAUGCAACAAAACAAAGACACUAAAGAGGAAGAGGAUACAAAAUGAUACACAAAUUUUGACACCUAGUGCAUCGAUUGAUCAAAUAGAAGUUGGCAUUUUAUUCAAAGACAAAGAUACCGUGAAAAAGUGCAUGAAUAACAUUGCAAUUACUCAUUAUCAACAGUACAAGGUAGAAAAGUCAUGCACACAAUGGUAUUACAUCAGAUGUGUUGACCCAACCUGCAUUUGGCGUUUCCACAAUUCAAGGUUCAGAGGAUCAGAACUUUUCAAAGUAGUUAACUUUGAAAAGAGACAUAGUUGUUCAAUAAAUUUCAUCACCUCUGACAUGAGGAAUGCAACUUCAAAAGUCAUAGCGGAAUACAUUACAUACCUAGUACGCCAUACACUACAAGAGAUAACACCCAAAUUUGUCAUUGAAGAAAUGAGAAGCAAAUAUGGCUUGCACAUUGGUUACCACAAAGCAUGGCGUUCCCUCCAACACGCUUAUAAUGUCAUAAGAGGAAGCCCAGAAAAUAACUACACACUUCUACCGCAAUAUCUUCACAUGAUGAAAUUAAGAAAUCUUGGAACAAUUGCUAACAUCAAAUGGACCGCUGACAAUAAGUUUCAGUAUGUUUUUUUCGCGUACAGAGCAUCAAUUGAGGGUUGGAAACACUGCAGACCAGUAAUGAUGGUGGAUUCAGCCUUCUUAAAAUCAAAAUACCGCGGUGUGCUCAUGAUAGCAGUAGCAAAAGAUGGAAACAACAGCAUAUUUCCUCUCGCAUUUGGUAUUGCAGACUUUGAGAAUAAUGAAUCCCAUAGGUGGUUCUUCAGACACGUGAAAAAGGUGUUUGGCACGCGCAAAGACCUAUCAAUUCUUUCCGAUCGCCACUCAUCAAUUGCAACUGCAAUCAAAGAACUGUAUCCAGAUACCCAGCAUGGAAUAUGCAUCUACCACAUGGAGAAGAACUUGCAGAAAUAUUUCCUAUCCGAAACGAUCCUAUCCCUGUUCUACAAUGCAGCAACUACCUACAAACAGGCAGAGUUUCGUACCUAUAUGUCACAGAUGCAACAAAUCGACCCAAAAGCUGCAGAAUACAUAGAAGAAGAACCACCGGAAAUAUGGGCACGUUCAUUCCACACCAACAGGCGUUACAACAUGCUCACAACAAACAAUAGAAAAUUGGACGUAACAGGACCGUCCCAUGACCUGACAUGUUGGGUUGAAAAGAUUCUACUUGAAAAGAUAACUAGAGGCUUCACAAUGAAAGUAGAAAACAAAACUCCCGUCAAAUUUGUUGUGAAAGAUGAAGGAUAUCAAUACAAUGUAGACCUGAAGAAUAUGACUUGUGAGUGCUUGGAGUUUCAAACUGACGAGUUACCGUGCACACAUGCCAUGGCAGUUAUAGACAAAAGAAGUUUGUCAAAAUCGACAUACUGUGCGGACUAG